AUGUGGUGCGUGGGGGUCUCCCGGGCGGGGAGUCGAACCUGGGCCUGGACGCUGCUGUGCGGAUGGGGACUCCUCGUGGCACGGCACUCCUACCAACACAUCAACAACAGCUGCAGCAACAACAGCAGCUCCAACAUCACCAGCAGCUACAACAACAGCAGCUCCAACAACAACAGCAGCUCCAACAACAACAGCAGCUCCAACAACAGCAACUCCAACAACAGCAGCUCCAACAACAACAGCAGCUCCAACAACAACAACAGCUCCAACAACAACAGCAGCUCCAACAACAGCAACUCCAACAACAGCAACUCCAACAACAACAGCAGCUCCAACAACAACAGCUCCAACAACAACAGCAGCUCCAACAACAACAACAACAGCUCCAAUAACAGCAGCAGCUCCAACAACAACAGCAACAACGGCAGCUCCAACAACAACAGCAGCUCCAACAACAACAGCAGCUCCAACAACAACAGCAGCUCCAACAACAACAGCAGCUCCAACAACAACAGCAACAACAACAACAGCAGCUAUAACAACAACAGCAGCUUCAACAACAGCAACAACAACAACAGCAGCUCCAACAACAACCCCAGUUCCAUCACCAACAUCAGCUCCAUCACCAACAUCAGCUACAACAUCAACAACACCUUCAACAACAACACCAACACCACCUUCAACAACAAAUACAACACCGUCACCUACAACAACAACACCAUCACCUACAACAACAACACCACCUUCCACAACAACAAAUACAACAACACCACCACCUGCAACAACACAUACAACACCACCACCUACACCAUCAACACCACCUUCAACAACAAAUACAACAACAACACCUACAACAACAACACCGCUUCCAACAACACAAAUACCUACAACACCACCACCGACAACAACAACACCACCUUCAACAACAAUAAAUACAACAACACCUACAAUAACAACAAUAACACCUACACCAUCAACACCACCUACAACAACAAUACCACCUUCAACAACAAAUACAACAACACCUACAGCAACAACACUUUCAUCAACAACACCUGCACCAACAACAACACCUACAAUAACAAAUACAACAACACCACAACCACCUACAACAACAUCUCCUACAACACCAUCACCUACAACAACAAUACCACCUUCAACAACAAAUACAACAACACCACAACCACCUACAACAACAUCUCCUACAACACCAUCACCUACAACAACAAUACCACCUUCAACAACAAAUACAACAACACCUACAGCAACAACAUCACCUACAAUAACAAUUAUAACAACACCACAAUCACCUACAACAACAUCUCCUACAACACCAACACCUACAACAACAAUACCACCUUCAACAACAAAUACAACAACACCUACAGCAACAACACUUUCAUCAACAACACCUGCACCAACAACAACACCCUCAACAACAAAUACAACAACACCACAACCACCUACAACAACAUCUCCUACAACACCAUCACCUACAACAACAAUACCACCUUCAACAACAAAUACAACAACACCACAACCACCUACAACAACAUCUCCUACAACACCAUCACCUACAACAACAAUACCACCUACAACAACAAAUACAACAACACAUACAACACCACCACCUACACCAUCAACACCACCUUCAACAACAAAUACAACAACACCUACAACAACAACACCGCUUCCAACAACACAAAUACCUACAACACCACCACCGACAACAACAACACCACCUUCAACAACAAUAAAUACAACAACACCUACAAUAACAACAAUAACACCUACACCAUCAACACCACCUACAACAACAAUACCACCUUCAACAACAAAUACAACAACACCUACAACAACAACACUUUCAUUAACAACACCUACACCUACAACAACACCUUCAACAACAAAUACAACAACACCACAACCACCUACAACAACAUCUCCUACAACAACAUCACCUACAACAACAAUACCACCUUCAACAACAAAUACAACAACACCACAACCACCUACAACAACAUCUCCUACAACACCAUCACCUACAACAACAAUACCACCUUCAACAACAAAUACAACAACACCUACACCACCAACAACACCUUCAAUAACAAAUAUAACAACACCACAACCACCUACAACAACAUCUCCUACAACACCAUCACCUACAACAACAAUACCACAUUCAACAACAAAUACAACAACACCAACAGCAACAACACUUUCAUCAACUACACCUACACCAACAACAACACCUUCAACAACAAAUACAACAACACCACAACCACCUACAACAACAUCUCCUACAACACCACCACCUACAACAACAAUACCACCUUCAACAACAAAUACAACAACACCUACAGCAACAACACUUUCAUUAACAACACCUACACCAACAACAACACCUUCAACAACAAAUACAACAACACCACAACCACCUACAACAACAUAUCCUACAACACCAUCACCUACAACAACAAUACCACCUUCAACAACAAAUACAACAACAAAUACAACAACACCUACACCAACAACAACACCUUCAAUAACAACUAUAACAGCACCACAACCACCUACAACAACAUCUCCUACAACACCAUCACCUACAACAACAAUACCAACUUCAACAACAAAUACAACACCUACAGCAACAACACUUUCAUCAACAACACCUACACCAACAACAACACCUUCAACAACAAAUACAACAACACCACAACCACCUACAACAACAUCUCCUACAACACCAUCACCUACAACAACAAUACCAACUUCAACAACAAAUACAACAACACCUACAACAACAACACUUUCAUUAACAACACCUACACCAACAACACCUUCAAUAACAAAUACAACAACACCACAACCACCUACAACAACAUCUCCUACAACACCACCACCUACACCAUCAACAACACCUUCAACAACAAAUACAACAACAACACCGCUUCCAACAACACAAAUACCUACAACACCACCACCGACAACAACAAUACCACCUUCCACAACAAUAAAUACAACACCAUCACCUACAACAACAACAAUACCACCUUCAACAACAAAUAGAACAACACCACAACCAC